AGCAGGUUUGCCACGAGUGGAUGGGAGCGUUGGCAACAGGAGAGGAUCCGUCAAAGGUGCACUUCCCCGCUCCGUCGUUAGAUGGCGGCAGAACGGUAAAGCCCACCGAAUUGGGGAGUCUCCUCCAAACUGUGCCUGUGUCACAUGGAAGCUCAGUAGCGGAGAGGACGGCAUGCGAGUGGAGAUGAUGGAGGGGGCUUGAGGGACGGAGGAGGAGGAGAACGUGGACAUCCUGGUGCAUCGGGACGGGCAGCUCUUCCCAGGGAACCCCCAACCCAACCCCUCCAACCCCAAACCCCCUACCUAACCCAGCACGACGACCUGGCCGGGAAGCAAGAGGCGCGCGGUUACUGGGGGAAAGCGGGCAGCACCAUAAUAAUAAUAAUAAUAAUAAUAAUAAUAAUAAAGCGAACUAAGGGACGCCAAAUGUAACGUGCUGCAUCCACGGAGGGAUGCGCGGCGCGCCGUCGCACGUUGAUUGAUUAUGCUCGCUGGGUGGCGGUUGCUGGUCCGAGAAGCUGAACCCAAAGGACGGCGGGCACAUGGUGCGCCUCUCCGAACCUCUGAGCUGAAUCCCCGAGAGAGUGUGGCCCUUGCCUGCGUGCAUGAGCGUGAGGGCGAGAGUGUGAGGUGAGUGUGAGCGUGUGUGAGAGCAAGUGAGCGCCAGCGCUCCCACAUGGCCUCCAUGCAGGACGGGCUGAACUUCACGGCUCCUCCCUACGGCAAGGUCCUGCUGCUGGGCGCUAUCGCUGCUGCCUCAGCCUUCGUCGUCACUAUCCUCAUUGUGGUGCUCUGCGUGGGCUGCCAGAGGAAGGGAAAGACACACAAUGUCCCCAGUGAGAGUGGGAAACACCGUCUCAUGGACAUGGGUAUACUCAGGCAGUCGAAGCUGCGGUCCAUCAGUAAAUCAGACACCGAGAUGAACAAGAUGAACUGCAAUGGCAAAAGCAGGCUGCUUCCCCAGAUUCCCUCUGGGACUGGAGAGGACGGAGAGCACACUUACUCUGAAGUGGGCCGAAGCUCCUCCGCCACGCGAACUGACGACGCGCUCUAUGCCAUGGUAGGCAGGGCCGGGCAGACGGACACUCCGGCCCCUCCGGCCGUCCCCGCCAACACCCCGGCGCCGCCCGACCCUGACGGGGACGUGGAAGGGGGGCUGCCCGAACCCGACGCCCAGGUUAUGUCCGCGCCUCACCCCCCGGAGACGGCGGAGUACGCCUGCGUCAGGAAGCUGAGGAAGGCGGACAAGGCGCCCCAGAAGAGGGACAGUGGGACGGACACGGGGGACCCACCGGUGCCGCCGCCAAGACAUCCCCCGCCUUCUCACCCUGCCCCUCCGCCGCCACAUCCUCACAGCACAAAGCUGCCCCGCAGAAACGUGGACGCCUUUAACGUACCCUCAUUCCCUAAGGAAGUGAUGUUUAUGGGCAAUGGAGAGCAGUACAUCUGGAAGCCUCCAGAGGAUGUAGAUGUCCUCAUGCUCCACAAUAAGACCCUGGGCCCAGUGGGGGCGCACACCAUGGAGAACAUCCAACCUUCUGCUGCAGUGGUGGCCGAGAUGUAUUCGAAGGUGUGUAAGCCUGCCAAGAAGAAAAGAGCCGUUCCUGGAUCACCCCCGUCCAAUCCCGGCUUCAGGACCUUGGGUCGUGCCGACCGGGACCGAGACCGUGACGGGGGCUUUAGCGUAGUGGUCAAACCCCAAACGUGGGCCCCUCAAGAGGGCAAAGCCCCCGCGGGCUCCCUGGACGACCACUGCUACGAGUCCUUUGGGACGGAGGAGUGCGAGCCGGCCUACGAGAACCUGGAAGGCGGAGGCGGCUGGAGACGAGAGCGAGCCCCCAACACGUGCGCCACGUUGCGGCCGAGGAGGAAGAAGGCCCAGCAGCCCUUGCAGCAGCAGCAGCCUCCUCCGCCGCCGCCCACGCAACACAACCCCAAGUUACAGCACCUGCCCGCCAAAGCGCUGCUGCUGCCCGGGGAGAGCCUGUACGAGAGCAUCAGCGACCUGAAGCAGGGCUCCACCACCUCAAGCACCACCACCAUCUUCACUUUCAACGACGGCAUGGAGAUGUACGUCACGGGGCUCUGAGGAGGAAGCUGCCGCGGCGGCGGCGGCGGCGGCACCUUUCCAACGAGGGCCGGGCACCGGUCGUUCCCAACCUUUAUUAGGCCAAGGCACAUAUUUGACAUGAGAAAUAUCUCAAAAAUGGCACGGAAAGUAUAUACAGGUACACUAUUCACAAAAAUAUCAGGAUACUCUAUUCGGCUUACGGGUAAAACUUCAAGAUGAAACUAAAAUGCAUAUAGAAGCUCAAUCCAUCAAUUUUCUACAGCGCUUGUCCUCAUUAGUGUUCCGGGUGAACUGGAGCCUAUCCCAGCUGACUUUUAAACGAGAGGCGGGGUACACCCUGGACUGGUUACCAGCCAAUCGCAAAGGCACAUAUCGACAAACAACCAUUCACACUCACAUUCACACCUAAGGCCAAUUUAGAGCAGUGGUUCUUAACCUUAUUCUGAAAGUUUCAUACGUGCAUUUUACCAAAACCUUCGUAAUUGGGAAAGUAAAAAUGAGAUUCAUGGCCACAUUUUUUUGUCUCCUGGUUUGAGCAGGCUGACAACUGGUUAGCACAUCUGCCUCACAGUUCUGAGGACCGGGGUUCAAAUCCCGGCCCCGCCUGUGUGGAGUUUGCACGUUCUCCAUCAUGCUGUUCCGAUUUUGACAUUAUGAGACCAAGACGACGCCUAACAAUUGAUUCGGCUUGAAACAGGAUGUUUUCGGAGGGAAGUGGCCACUGAGCUUAGAGUGUCAUCAGCAAGUUGCAAAAGCGAGAGACUGGAAGAGUCACAGAAAGGCUUAGAAGUGGACAUCUUUGGAAAUGUUCAUGGAUCAACCACCAGUUGAGAAUUUUGCAGUUCACCAAGUUGUGUUAAACAUACUGAAACAUUCAACGUGCAUUCAAACGUUUAUUUUAGGUUCAUCCUGAAGUUUCACCGAAUGUCGCUAACAUUUUGGGAGUAGUGUAUACCGAAAUAGUUGUAAACAAAGCCAUUAUUCUUUUGUUCGAAAGACAACAGGUGGCUACACAAGUUAAUGGUACCUUCUGCCAUCUAGUGGGCAAACAUUUAAUUGUUGUCACUAAAUGUCGCUGGCAUAGAUAGAUAAACAAAGACAAUAUUUUUAGUGAAUAAAUAUCACUUUUCAGAGCGCAAUUGCACACUAAUGUGCCGUGGCAAAGAGGUUGGUAAUCACUGGCAUACACAUGACGCCUGAGCCCCUCUAGUGGCCCCCCUCCAACACACACACACACACAUGCUGUUUACAUUACGUCAUGCCUUUCCUGGGCUCCAGCGGCCUUAAAGUACUAAGGUUUAUAUGUUACAACAGGGGCUUAGUCCCAUCGAGGAAGCUUCGAAGGAAUCCAAAGGUUGUGAGCACAAAAACAUUGCAGAGCAAUCAGUAGGUACCAGUAGCACUAGUUCAACUAUAGACGAUGUGUGCAAAGCACAAGAAAGUAAGAAACCUAAAUUCUUCCUUAUUUACUAGCGGGUAAUAGUCCUUAAUGGGGUGGGGGGGCACAGCCUUGAGAAAUAUGUGGUAGCACUUUUGAGUGGGCCUUUCCUGAAGUUGGUCAUUAUGAGAUUCAGUACAGGGCUUUAAUUAUUCAAAAGGAAUGAAUUACUAGUCAAAAUACCGGAAAGCUCAGGGACCAAGAGAAACAAUUAUGAGAGUAUUCUAACUUAACGGUGAACUCAACCCGAGAUGUCGAAAUUUAUUAUUUUAUUUAUCUUCUUUAUCAGCUGCUGUUUACUUAAAUCUACAAAGUACUGAUUUCAAAAUAGAUGUUCAACACAUCACUGACAGGAGCUCCCAGUUUGAGGUCAAUCUCUCAGCCGAUAUCGUUAAAUAGUGCGCUGUAUUAGCAGGCAAGGUGCUAAUUGUACGACAACGUCACUUCCGGUCUUCCGGUAGCUAAUAAUGAUUAAAUUCUUAUUCUAGGAACGCAAUAUUUAUCAGAGUACCUCGUUUUGACUAGUGCUGGCACAUCUAAUGCAUUCUUGCUUUAAACAUUUUGGGGUUUAGUUCCCCUUUGAGGAGGCAAUGGCUGCGCGAGCAGCCAGCCGCUAGCCGCUAAUGCUGGCGAGCUGGCGCCAUAGUAUGCAAUUUGCAUCAGUGUCAUUAAUUAGCAAGUUUUUUUUUGUGUAUUAAAUUUGCGAUUGAAUAUUGUUCCAGGUUGGUGUUGUGCUGAUGUUGGUGCGCAACGGUAUAUGAUGGCAAUAUUCGGUGUGAUACCAACUUUAACGAUGAGAGAACAGCUAGCGGCCGUUGCGAGCCAGCCGAGAUUCUGCCCGAUAGCGACUAUGUGUAGCUUGUCGUUGCUGAAUAUUUACUAACUCUAUAUUGUUUUCUUAGUGAAUAAAGUGGAAGCGAUUGGUGAACAUACGUCACAUUCUUGUGAAUUCGCACUAUGCCGAGAGUGAAAAGACGUUUUUAAACGUAUUUAAAUACUUUGCAGAUUUCAGUAAACAGCAGCUGACAAAGAAGAUAUGCACAUUUAAAGAAUACCAAAAAGUUUUGACAUCUUGGGUUUACUUCCCCUUGAAAAAAAAAGAAUUAAUGGCACAAAUUUUUUGCGGCGAGCAUUUUCAUCUUCAAAGCGGACCCCACUCUUCUCUCCAUGGACUGAACACUGUCUCCACUGCUGUCUGUAAAUGAGCUGUUUUACUUUGUUGAGCCUGUCCUGCACUUUGCCUGCUACAAGUUGCAUGCUAAAAAAACAAAAAAACAAACAAAAAAAGAAGCAGGGUGGGGAAAAAAAAUGAAAACACUGUCGAGUUGUACCAAUAUUAAUGUUUAGUUUUUUCCCCUAUUGUUGUUGUUUGUUUCUUUUGCCAGUGUGUUGCUUUAUUUCUCUGUAGAGCACAAGGCCAGUUUAGUGUGCUUCUUCUGAGCCUACAACACAAAGAGGACUGACUGAAGCGUUCAAGUCUUUCAAGGUGGACACACUGCAGUCGAUUCACUCACCUCAUCAACAUCAUCCUGUCCCCGCAUUGUCCUCAUAUACGCGUCGGCUUCGGUUUCACCAAAGCUAAAAUAGUGCUGGUGUGUCCAAGUCGUGUGUGAACAUUCCUCCAUCAAAAAAACACUCGCUCUCCUAUGUGUUCAAAUGUUGCAGAAGAAGAAAGGGGGGAAGCAAGAGAGCGGCACACAUGAGACGAUAUCCUGGACAAUGAUUUCAUUUGACCAAAUAUCCCCAGCAAAGUGUGUGAUUAUAAUGUAUGUUGAUGCAAUGUGUAUGUACAUUACAAAAGAGAAAGAAUAAUAAAUAUAUCAUCAGUGUCAAGAAAUCUAUCUUUUUCUAUGAUGUUUAAUUGUGUUAUGGAAUGACUAAUCUUGUGACACAAACAGCUGCAAUGUAAAAAAAAAAAAUUUUUUCUUUUUUUCUUUUUGAGGUCGUGAAGCUCCGGCGCCUUCCUGCGUGGACGGCCCGGCCGGCCCACUUCGGUCAGUGUGGCAGGCAGCUCAUGUUUUGUGUUUGCUCUUCAGACUACAGGGUCCUGUACUCCAGCAGCGUGUGAUUCAAGUGCUAAGUGCAAAAGAUUGUAAUGUUUUCUAUCAAGAUUACUAUUCAUGAAAUGUCAGUCAAGUUUAUACUUUUGUAAUAAAGUGGCACUUUAAAAACA